ACUUACGUCACUUCCGCACACGCGCAAUCAGCCACUUGGAGCUUCUGUCGAGCAACGGUCGCAGAAAGAAGGAAAAGCGAGUCUAACAUUGUCACAUCAAGCCAACCUUUGUCAAAUAUCACCGCGGCCGCAAUCAGACGACGAGGAAUGAACGUUAUAUGAUUAAACAGUGAGUGAGUGACGGCCACAGGAGCACGAAAAACAAUUCGAGUGCCUCGGCGACCGGACCAACGAGCCAUUUUGCCUGAGUCGGAAGGAAGGAAGAAAAAAAAAAAACAGAGGAGUCAAUUCGCCGACUGCAAAACAUCCCGAGCGAGACCAUGAAUCCCGAAUAUGACUAUUUGUUCAAGCUGCUGCUGAUCGGGGAUUCCGGAGUUGGCAAAUCCUGCCUGUUGCUCCGCUUCGCCGAUGACACAUACACGGAGAGUUAUAUCAGCACCAUCGGAGUGGACUUUAAGAUCCGAACCAUCGAACUGGAUGGCAAGACCAUCAAACUGCAGAUUUGGGACACGGCGGGCCAGGAGAGGUUUCGCACCAUCACCUCCAGCUACUACCGCGGCGCGCAUGGCAUCAUCGUGGUGUACGACGUGACAGACCAGGAGUCCUACAGUAACGUCAAGCAGUGGCUCCAGGAAAUCGACCGUUAUGCCAGCGAAAAUGUCAACAAGCUUUUGGUGGGCAACAAGUGUGACCUAACCACCAAGAAAGUGGUGGAUUAUACAACAGCCAAGGAGUUUGCCGACUCUUUGUCUAUCCCCUUCCUGGAGACGAGCGCCAAGAACGCCACCAACGUGGAACAGGCCUUCAUGACCAUGGCGGCGGAGAUCAAGAAGCGCAUGGGUCCUGGGGCCACGGCGGGCGGCGACAAGCCCAAUUUGAAAAUCGAGAGCACCCCCGUCCGGCAGUCGGGGGGAGGCUGCUGUUAAAGGGGCGCCCGCCCGCCUUCGCCCUCUCCAGUUUCCUUCAAUUCUCUCCCCGCGCUUUCCUCUGUGUGCCUCCAUCCGUGAUCUUCGUCUCGCCGUCGCAAGAGGACCGGCGGCCCGGAAUGGGCGUCCCUGUCUCUGUCGGUCCAGGUUCCAAGCGUACGGGAGACAAUAGACGUUGCUAGCUCAUCAAUUGCUUUGGUAGAACAUUUGGUUGUUUUUUUUUUUUCUCGCGCUCACACAGGUGGAGGUUAACUGGAAUUUUUUUUUUUUCACUUUUCAACAUCCACUUUUCUUUUAAGAGCACCCUGGGCUUUGUCAUUUGUUUGCCACGGUUGUCCAUGUUCGGCACACCUUUUGUGUUCAAAGCAAUUUAAUGAUGACACCGCCCCCCUUCCUCUUUUUUGUCCUGUCCCAAUCCAAUCAAGCCCAAAUCUGUUUAGUGACGUGGCUCCAAGCAUCUGGCCGUGCUUGUCGGGGCCUCUCCACACCGAGUGCAUUCAAACGUUCGCACUUUUGUGCCUGCUUUACUGCACAAUGUGAGAGAGGAAAGUCGCUCUCCAAAAGUAGAUGGUGGCUUGAUGACACCUGUUUGUAUACUGGCACGAGACGAAAAGAAAAAAAAAAUAAAAGCUGCCGGUAGUGGGUACCCACUUGGAGGCUGCGUUGAUCUUGCAUGUGUCAUAUAGAGUCCUUUGAUUCCACUUUUUCUUUUUCUUGGGCUUUGCUUGAGCCGUCGUGCCAGGUUCAAGAUGAUGUCGCUGUAAUCAAGACAUCGGUGUCCAACUAAACUGCUUUUUUUUUUUUUUUUUAAACUCACUGUACUCUUAAUGAGGUUGGCUUAUGAUUAGAGACCGCACAACGAUGUGAUUAGAUAGCAAACCCUGUUUUUCUUUCCCUUGGUGUUGGAUGUGCAGUGCUGGACAGAGGUUCGAUUUUCAGGCCCUCUGUCGUGUUCGGAAUACGUGGACAUUCCGGGAUGGACUGGUCUUGGUUUUUCAGACUGGAUAUGAUCUCCCGAUUUGUUUGCUCCAUCCAGCCAGACUUCUCAGCAUCCUCCCUUGCUCCAUAUGAGUAGAAAAGCAGGUGCAAUGUAGUACCUUUUCAUUGGCAGUUAGCAUUUGGGAGGCAGGAGGGAAAGUGUGAAUGUGUUUUUUUUUUGGGCGUGGGGGGCUGUUUUUUUAAUGGAGCAGGAUUGAGUCGAAACAUUCCUGAUCCAUUUGGACUAUUGUGACACCGGUCUCACUCCAGCAGAUGCAGGACAUUUAGUGGAUGUUGUGCUUUGAUGACCGCUUGACUUGUUUCAACUUGCUCUUCUACUUUUUAACGUCUUCAUUGAUUGUUUACUGCGGGGUGCCGUGUCAUGGCAAACUUCCACUCUGUCUUCGUGCACAUGUCUUAAUACAGGUGAAGUCCACGGCUUCUGUUCACAUCUUCAUUGGGUUGUUU